AUAAGUUAUCUAACAUUUAUUUUAUUGUGUCUGGCAGAACUGAAAGUACUGGCACCUACCGCAGCUUUGCUCACAAGCAUGGACAUCAUUAACACAGAUUCUGCAUCAAAGGCCAGAAACCUGCCAGAGGAACUGGAAGCUCUGUAUGAUGCCAAUAUGAGACGCCUCUGCCAAAAUGAUCUACAAAAGAAGUGUGAAGAGAUCUUUAUAAGACUGGCGACGGAGUUAACUUAUGAACAGUGUGUAAACCUUGAACGUGCGACUAAAGAGCAGGCCAACUCUCAAGACUGGCACAAAUACAGAAUUGGUAAUCCACAUCUUGGGGCAUCACCGGAUGGAAUAGCAAGCUGUACCUGCUGUGGUAAAGUCGCUGUAGAGAUUAAGUGCCCAUACAAAUACCGUGAUGGUCUGAGAGGGAGUAGUGAGGACCCAUAUUUCUGCUUAGAUAAAAAUGGUCAACUAAAAAAGGGUCAUCAAUACUACCAUCAAGUUCAGCUUCACAUGUUUGUAUGCAACGUCCAGUCCUGCGACUUCGUGGUUUGGACACAGAAAGAAGUUAAAAUCACCCGCAUCGCCAGAGAUGAAGAAAUGCUGCAAGCAGUGCUGCCUAAAGCUGAAGUUUUCUUCAAACAGAGAGUUUUGCCUGAGCUAUUAACACGCAGCAUGGAUACACCCGAUCCAAGUGGAUCAAAACCCUGAGCGAAUUUCUGCAAAGAAUAAAAAAAAUGUAAACCAUAGGGGCUUACUUAAAGACAAAAGCUAUAAUUUCUUUACUUUUCCAUUAAAAGGUUGAAUGUAAUGGGUAUAAUAGAAUGUAUAUUUUUCAGUAAUUUUUAAAACAUGUACCAAAUGCAUGUAAAAUAUGUAAUAUGUACUUUUAAGAGAAACGUGAGGAAUGUGGUUUUGACUAAUAAAGAGA